AUGAUCGGCCACUGGUUCCACCGGCGGUCCAACCGGUCUCUGGCGACUGGUCAUCGAUCCACCGAUGGUCCGAUCACCGGCCCACCGGCCUCCGGUGACACGCCGACGAUCCACAGUGGUCCGGCAGGCUUUCGACAACUGGUCACCGGUCCAACCACCGGUCCACCGGCUUCCGGUGACACAUCAGAGAUCCACUUGUGGUCCGGCCGGUUGGCCUCCAAUGAUACACUGGUGAUCCACCGGUGCUCCGGCCGGCCUCCAAAGACCGACCAUAGGUCCACUGGUGGUCUAGUUACCGUCCGGUUGAUCUAUAUUCUUGCUUCUGUAACAUUCCUCUUGAUCUUAUCAUCUUUCUGUUGUUUCAUCAUCAUUCCAAGUCUCUGCUCUGAAUCAUCAAACACUAAAUGCAUAGAAAGUGAGAAAAAUUCUCUUCUUGACUUCAAAUCUAGUCUCAAAGAUCCUCACAACCUUCUUUCUUCAUGGGAAGGCAGUGAUUGCUGCAACUGGAAGGGAGUUACCUGCAACAAUGAAACAAACCAUGUUGUUAGCUUAAAUCUUGGAUAUUGGCAUCUUUUCAAUGAUCUUAGUACUGCUUGGCGUAUCGGCGGUGAGAUCAGUCCUUCUUUGAUUGGUUUGAAUGAUCUGAAUCACUUGGACCUCAGCUUUAAUGAUUUUGGAGGCAUUGCUGUUCCGGAAUUCAUUGGUUCAAUGAAGAAACUCAGUUAUCUUAAUCUCUCUAAUGCCGGUUUCAGUGGAAGGAUUCCGCAUCAGCUCGGGAAUCUGUCAAAUUUGCGGUAUCUUGAUCUUAACUCAUUUUACUAUUUUUAUGAUCUUUAUGUCGACAGUGUUGCUUGGCUUUCUCGUCUUUCUUCAUUGCAAUAUCUUGAUAUGAAUUCAGUGAACUUUGAGAAUGUUGGUGAUUGGUUUGUUUCGAUAAGCUUGAUUCCUUCUCUAUCUGUUUUGAAGCUGUCUCAUUGUAAGCUUAAAGAGUUCCCUUUGUCAUUUUCGUUUCGCAAUUUCACUUCUCUGACUUAUCUUGAUCUUUCGAACAAUGAAUUCCAUUCUCCGCUUCCGAAUUGGAUUUUCAAUUUGAGCAGCCUUCAGUAUCUUAAUCUCCAAUUCAAUCAAUUCCAAGGUUCUAUGCCUGAUGAGUUUGCAAGAAUGACUUCUCUUGAGGUCAUUCAGUUUGGCAAUAAUGAACUUGUCGGGUUUAUUCCUUGAACAAUCAGUUUGCUCUGC